AUGUCCGCUUCUUCCUCGAGUAGUAGUUUACUCACGAAUGGUGCUGCUGAUAGUGGCAUGGAUCUCUAUUCAUCAUCAUUCAAGCCUAAUCAACAAGGCUUUUUCAUGAUGCAAGCCAACAAUGCUUCACGAGGCAUUCAGAAACAAAAGAAAAUGCAAUCCAUUGCUCGUGGUGCUCAAACUUCAAGUCUUGUUUCCUCCACAACAAGAUCCAUCAAGAGAUUCAUCUCCAACAUCAAUACUCAUAAAUUGAUUCAAAAGAAUGACACUGUGUUGGUCAAUGUUGAUGAUGAUAUUGCAAUUUUACAAAGCUUGGACCCUCAACUCCAUGGUAAGAUGGGUGUUAUUGUCGAUGUCAGAGGAGAUGAAAUUGAAUUGGAAUUACUCCCAGAGCAAUCCAAUGAAAGUGAAGACGAUUCUAGCUUUGACAUGUUUUCUGCAUUGUAUUGCGGCAGCUCUUCACAACCAAAGAGAGUCACCGUCCCAAGCUUUUGUGUUUGUUUGGAAGAUCGAGUAUUGAGAAAGAGAUUGUCCAAUGCUUGA